GCUAAGAAAUUUCCUUUACAUUCCUUGGUCUAUGAGACUCGAUAGAACUUGCUAAGAAAUUUCCAGAGCUUUGAGUUUGAGCAACAAUGGCGACAUUUCCAACUGAAAUAAUCGCAGAAAUUUUGUCACGGUUGCCUGUAAAAUCACUUCUACGGAUAAAAUGCGUCUGCAAAUCCUGGAGCUCCUUAAUAAAAACCCCUAAUUUCAUCCUACUCCAGCUCAAUCAAACCCUAAUUUCAAAUUCCGAUCGUCAUCUCCUCAAAUCAUCAGCAGACGCCUCUUUCUAUUCCGCCGAGCUCGAUCUCCCCCACAACCACCUCUCCUUCACCAAGCUCAACCACCCUCUCCAAUUCGAUGAAGUCGAAUUAUUUGGCUGCUGCAACGGCGUCGUUUGCAUCUCCGAUUACGACAAAAUCGACGUAUUCUUACACAAUCCUUUUACCAAGUCGCAUCGCAAGCUCCCAAUGAAACGGACCCCAAACCCUAGAAAGGAUGUCGUAUUGUUCGGAUUUGGGUACGACCGCCACAACGAUGAUUACAAAGUAUUGAGGAUUCAUCAAGGGUAUAGUUGCCGCAAGUGUUGCUACAAUGAGACUUCGUUGUAUAGUCUGAACAAUCAUUCAUGGAAAACUAUUCAAGGUUUACCAAAUUCAUAUUAUCUGCCUUAUGCUGAUUCUCAUGGUGUUCUUGUUGGUGAGGGUUUGUAUUUUGUUGUGAGUUCCGAUGAGUUGGAUUUGCAGCAACGUAAGAGGAUUGCUCGUUUCGAUGUACGGACCGAGUGUUUUUCCCUUUUGGACUGCCCCAAUCAUGAUGAUAAGUGUAAGACUAAUUGGGAUUAUUUGGAAUUUCAUAUGAGAGAAUUAGGAGGAGAGUUGUCUGUAAUGGUGAUAUAUCUUACUAAACUUAGUAGUCAUAUGUUGUUACCUUACGUUGAUGAAGAUAAUGUGCGUAAUCGUGUACUCGAGCGAGCUGAUUUGUGGGUAAUGAAGGAGUGUGGAAACAAAAAUUCUUGGGUUAAAUUGUUUGCCAUUUCUGAGCUGACGAGUUUUUCGACUUCUGUUACUAGUAUUAAGCCAGUUGUGUACUCCAAAGAUGGGCGGCGAGUGUUGAUAGAGAUAGACUGUUUGGAGCUUGGUUGGUAUGAUUGGGAGUCCAAGAAGUUUGAGAAACUUACUCCUCGUGGCCUGCCUAAUACGUAUUACGACACUUCGUAUAUGCUGGGCAGCCUCGUUUCGCUUGAAUAUAAGGUGCAUCCAGAAACUGGAACAGGAGCAUUGCCAAGAAAGAACAAAAAGAAUAAUGAAGAUUUGGACAAUUUUCUUUCUGUGGGUUUCAAGUUGAGGCUAUGAGCCUAUGAUCUGAUUAAAGAUGUGGCUGCUGCGCGUUCGAAACAAUCUGAUGGUAACCCUGCAGUACCCUUGACGUUGAAAAGAAUCAUAUGUUUUUUGGUGUAAAUGAGCCACAGGGGUGAUACAAAUAGAAAUUAUAUUGGUAUUUCUUGGAUUGAUGUUGACCGAACAGAAAUUUUCAGCCUUAUUUACAGAAUCUGUAAAGAGAAACACAUAAAUUGGACAAGCAAGAUUUUGCAAUCUGAUAUUAUAGAGUAGGCAUCACUUUUUGUUGGCGAUAUUCGAACUUCAAACCAUGAACUUGUUGGGUUUAUACAUAUAGCUUAAAUUACACAGAAGUAUCUGACUCAUAAAUUAUGUGCUUGACUGAGUUUACUCUUCUGAUUUUGGUAAAAUGAUACGGACAUGUUCUCUCAUGUGAAUCAAAAUGUUCUGCUAAAAGCAUUUGCUUUGUUGGUGAUGCCAUGAUGGUAAUUAACGUCUACACUUCGUGUUCAUUUUGCA